UCUUGCCUGUUACAAAAGCUAGUAAUUUAUUUUUAAAAAUCUUAUGCAACGUCAGCAGUUGUUUUUACAUUUACUCUUCCGUAGAUACAUUGCGAAAAGUGGUAACAGUGCGCAGUUUCUGUAAAGUCUUUUGCCAAAGGAUAUUUCAUUGAAAAGUUAGUGUUUACUCGACUGAUCCUAACCUGGUCAUAGGUAGAAAAACUGGGGAUUGGGUCCACCACUACUGGCUUAUGCAGGAGAAGUUCUUGCUGCUGACCACCACCCACCAGCACCUGUUGGAAUUGCAUGUCAGUGAACACUGGGUGAAGGAUUCCCCAAUGGCCAAGAUGAGCACGUGUAAGAUGUAUCUUGUGGUCCUUGCCUUGAUUGUCUACAGCAUCACUAUGGUUUUGAACGCUCUUGCAGGGAGAGGAUCAGAAUCAGGCCUCUUUCUUCAGUCCAUUGGAAAUGUAUCAAAGAAUUACAGCACUGAAAUCACCCCUGCAGGAUGGACCUUCUCUAUUUGGGGAGUCAUUUAUAUAUGGCAAGCUGUAUGGCUUGUCUAUGUAUGCAGUGGAUUAUGCCGAAGGAAUGCCCUUACAUGGAUGCCAUCUGUACUGUCCUGCCAAUUUUACAUUGUUUGGAUUAUAAACAAUCUUUUAAACAUAGGAUGGAUUUUCCUUUGGGAUAGAGAAUACAUUAUCCCUGCAUUAAUUUUCCUGGCUUUAAUUGCGUUCACCAGUUACGUGGUUUUAUACCUUUCCUAUCGUGCCCUACAUACUCAGCGACCCUGGAUGCAAAAGUACCAGAAGGUUGAUUUGUGGCUUGUCAGAAUACUGGUACAGAAUGGAUUGACAGUUUAUGCAACGUGGACAACCAUAGCAACACUGAUUAACUUCGCUGUUGUACUGACUUAUAGUGGAGGUAUUACAGUGGUAACGUCUGGUACAGUUUCUCUUUCCAUCCUGGCCUUUGAAGUAGUUUUAUGGUUCAAUUUAGAAAAUCUUUUGUUUGAUAAGUACGUGCGCUACACACUCACAGUCUAUCCAGUCAUCAUUGUGGCAUUGUCAGGAUCUUUAGACAAAAAUUACAAUUCUAUAUCUCCAACCAGAAACAACAUCUAUAUUGCUGUGCUGCUGGCUGCUGCCUGCGCAGCCUUUGCAGCACGCGUUGUCAUAGUUACUUGGAGACAUUUCAAACGCCCUCUCCAUCAGAAUGUAGAGAAUUGAGGUUUUUCUGGAAAAGUGAUACAAGCAAAACAGAAAAAGGUUCACUUCAAAACAUAAAGUCGUACCAGGAAACCCAAGCUGUAACUGCUGAAAGGCAAACGCGUUUUAAGGAAAAGUUCAGACAAUUAUGAAAUCAUUGUUUAUUAAAAUUCAAGUGUCCAAAGAUUUGUGCUACUCACCCUGCUAUCCAUUGCAAUGUUGUACUGAUAAUUCAUACUCAGCCAGGCUCCUCAUUUUAUCCAUUAUGGCUUGUCCCCACUUCUUCCAGUGAAAUAGUUUCAUCAAUAAAAAGGGAGAAACUUAGUUCUGGCAAUCAAAUAAAUUGAAGUUUGAGAACAUUUGUACAUUUGAGCCUGAAUUUUUCUCUAGGUGGUUGUUAAUACAUUGUUAUCAGCAACAAAUCUGUGUAUUUAUCUUGGCUGAAAAUUUAACCCAUUUGAUUGCAUCCAAACGAAUACCUGUAAAAUGAAAGCAGAAUACUGCAGAUGCUGGAAACCUGAAAUAAAAGCAGAAAAUGCUGGAAAUUCUCAGUGGGCCUGGCAGCAUCUGUGGAGAGUGAAAGAGUUUGCAUUUUAGAUCAGGGAUGUUAACUCUGUUUCUCUCACCAUAGGCGCUGCCAGACCUGCUCAGUAUUUCCAGCAUUUGCUGUUUUUAAUAUC